AGUGCGAGAUUAUGCGAGAUCUCUGACGUCACAAGUUCUUCCCCUGCCAUUUCUGAGGAGAAACCGCCUGUAGUUCUUGUUUGCUGCCGUUUCCUCCGUUUUGUUCGCAAAUCCGUGACCCUGGAGCCGCCGGAAGACUAUAUCAUGGAAACAGACACUAUAGGAGAUGAAAAAAUAGAAGAAACGAAGUUACGACAGAUGACCAUCCUAGCUCAGCCAAUCCAGAAAAAGCGAGAGCGGCCCGAGAAUUUUGAGGAGGAGCGAGACUUGUGUGUUAAGUACUUUGAACAAUGGUCAGAACAGGACCAGCUGGACUUUGUGGAGCAACUGAUAUCUCGAAUGUGCCACUACCAGCAUGGACAUAUCAAUGCCUUCCUCAAGCCCAUGCUGCAGAGAGACUUCAUUACUGCAUUACCCAAGAAAGGCCUAGACCAUGUAGCAGAACAAAUACUGAGUUACCUGGACGCCAAGUCCUUGUCAGCUUGUGAGCUGGUGUGCAAGGAGUGGUACCGGGUCAUCUCUGAUGGGAUGCUGUGGAAGAAGCUAAUAGAAAGAAUGGUGCUGACGGAUCCGUUGUGGAAAGGGCUGGCAGAGCGCAGGGGAUGGGGACAACAUCUCUUCAGACCAAAGCCAGGGGAAACGCAACCCAACCAUCAGUUCUACCGCAAACUGUACCCUAGGAUUAUACAAGAUAUUGAGCAAAUAGAGACAAACUGGCGGUGUGGCAGACAUAACCUACAGAAGAUACAGUGCCGAAGUGAGAACAGCAAGGGGGUGUACUGUCUCCAGUAUGAUGACAACAAGAUUGUCAGUGGACUUAGAGAUAACACUAUCAAGAUCUGGGAUAGAAACAACCUGGAGUGUGUGCAGGUGCUGACUGGACACACUGGGUCGGUGCUGUGCCUACAGUACGACGACCAGGUCAUCAUCUCUGGUUCCAGCGACUCAACAGUCAGGGUGUGGAACGUCCACACAGGUGAGAUGGUGAACACACUGAUCCACCACUGCGAGGCUGUGCUGCAUCUCAGGUUUCAGCACGGCAUGAUGGUCACCUGUUCCAAGGACCGCUCCAUAGCUGUGUGGGACAUGCAAUCCCCGACAGACAUCAACCUCAGAAGAGUCCUGGUGGGGCACCGGGCUGCCGUCAAUGUGGUGGACUUUGAUGACAAGUACAUCGUAUCAGCGUCUGGGGAUAGGACAAUCAAGGUGUGGAGCACAUCAACAUGUGAGUUUGUGAGAACACUGAACGGCCACAAGAGGGGCAUCGCCUGUCUGCAGUACAGAGACAGACUCGUUGUCAGUGGUUCGUCAGACAACACCAUAAGGUUAUGGGACAUAGAGUGUGGAGCGUGCUUGCGUAUUUUGGAAGGUCACGAGGAGUUGGUGAGAUGUAUCAGGUUUGACAACAAGAGAAUCGUCAGUGGAGCAUAUGAUGGUAAAAUCAAGGUGUGGGACUUGCAGGCAGCGUUGGACCCUCGAGCGCCAGCUGGCACCCUUUGCCUUAGAACCCUAGUGGAGCACUCUGGAAGGGUGUUCAGACUACAGUUUGAUGAGUUCCAGAUUGUCAGUAGUUCCCAUGACGACACCAUACUGAUCUGGGACUUCCUGAAUGUGCCCCCGCCGGACCCGCCCGCUCGCUCCCCUGCCCGGACGUACACCUAUGUCUCCAACACUGAACAAGUGUACUUGGACCAAGUAGACGUUCCUGCAGAGGAUGCUACCGAGGAUGGCACGUGAUCGCAGGAAGCGCAUCUUGUAUCCAGUCUGCUGGUGUGAAUAUCCUGUAGGCCUACCGAGAGACGCCUACCUGCGUUAAACUAGUCCUCCCUCCAUUAGCCUUGUCAAGCAAUCUUUAGACAACAUAGGGACAUAAGUGGAAAGCAAUAGACUUACAUCUUGGGAUGCAUUUUGUUAGCUCAAAACAAAAUCUAUUAAUUCUAUUAUGUUUACAAGCGUUAAACGUAGUACUGUAAGGUUGGAAAGAGUUGUAUCCUUCCUGUACUGUAAGCUAUACAAGCUGUUAAAGUGUUGGAAGAAGCGGUAGCUCAGAAGUGCACCCGAAGCAAGUGAUGAUGAUCAGGCACAUCUGAUUAAGAUGUGUCAGUGAAGCACUUUCAAGCAUAGUUCAGCCACUCAAAUAAUGAGGAUAUUACUGAUGUAGCGAGGUGUGAAAGAUUGGAGAAAUGACUUGAAGGGCCAUUUUGUGUUACUGAGUUCACAAUUGCUCAGCAAGAAACCACUACAGUAGGUGUGCUGGUGGGGAACUGGUUAGGCUGAUGAAAUACAAGCCGAUGCACAGUGUUUCAAUUUAUUUUCACUGAAUCUCAGCCAGGAGCCAAUUGUGGACUGUGUAUUCUCAAACAAGUAAUUUUCCAGCUUAGGGGCAUUUCUUUGGUAGGCCAAAGUUUGUAUUGUCCAACUCGAGAUAGAAUUCUCAAUAAUUGCACCAAUACAACUUUUGACAUGCUUUUGGCUUUUGAUAUGUACCAUGGAACUUGCAAUCUUUCGAUGUUCCAUACUGCUUUUGACUGUAUCUCCGAAAUCAUGGCAGGAGAAAGCUGCAAAAUUCUAGCAUUGUCUUAGAUUUAGAGCUUCUCAGAGUCCUUGCUGUUAAAAGUGCACUAAAAAAAAUUUUAGAAUUGUAUAUAGAUAGAUCUCUAACAGUGCUAUUAACAAGGUAGUCAUGAACAUACUUCCAAACCGUUUAGCUUACUCUUUUUUUUAUAAUUUUCCAAUUAGAAAGAAACCAAACUGUGUGAAUUGUUAAGCCUGAUGUUUCAAGUUAGCAGAACACCUUCCUAUUUCUUCAAAACAGGGCCUUGGGUGCAAGAGGUGGGCCAGCGAUCUACACAUGUAAAUAUAUCCAGAUUAGAGGCACAUUACGAGGCUUUCUAAAACCUUUGAUUCAUCUUUGAAACAAUAAUGACCUAUGGGCUGUUCAUAAUGCCUUAAACACAUGGCUCAAUUUACAGUUACUACUAGCUGUUCAGGGGUUACAUCAUGCUGCCAAUUUUUAGCUCAAGUGGUAGAAAGUUUUCCUUGUGAGCCACUGACCACUGGUUGGUGAAGAAAACACACAUUUGAUACACAUUGUAUCUUAAUGAAACCUGUUUGUCUUGGCUUCCUUAUCUUAGAAAGGUACAAUUCGUAACAUUCAGUCUUGUGCACUUAAAGUAUUGCAGUUGCGAUGUAAUAUUUCCAAGGUUGAUUUUUAUUUAGGGAUCACUACAGAAGUUAAGAUUUUCUGCAGCAUAGAUGGGGAUAAAGGUGUUAGUAGGGAUUAUGAUUCAGUUGGGAUGGGGGGGAGGGUCUUGCAGAAAAAUGUUGGCUUUUGAGUGCAUCUUGUAAAGGUUGUAUUAUUGUUACAGAAAAAAAUAUGUAAAUGUGUUGGAAAGCUAUACAAGUACUGUAGUCAUUCUAUAUGACCAUAAAUACACUGCAAGAAGGUUACAUAAUUUUACAGACAUGUUCUUUGCUUUCACAAGUACACAUACAAAACCUGUCCUUACACUAUCUGUGAAAAGCUGUAAAUUGUUUUAUGUUCUAAAUGAUUAUUAAAGGUCUGCAAGUGUC